UUAAAAGCUAGGUAUCAGAGUGCCUAAAACUAGGAACUGAGAAAUGGCGACAAAAGGCUCGCCUGGCAGUUACAAGCGAUAUAAUGGUUUUCCGAAGAGUACGUACACUGAUAGAACCAGGAGUAUGUUGACAUCAACUGGACCUAAAUCGAACAGCGCAAUGUCAACACGAACAUACUCUCGAAUCAAAAACAAUUAUCCCAGAAGAUCCAAUAGUGGCAAUCAAGAGCUAAGGAAAAGUUUGACAUUUGAAGAUGAGAGAUCUCCACAAGCACAAGUGGAUAAUUCCGUUUCUGAUUUACAGGAAUUGGAAAAUGAACAAGAAUUAUUAAAAAGAAUGAUUGAUCAACAGAAACAGCUACAAGAAUUGAGGGAAAGACAGAAACGUGUUCUUGUGUUGCAACAACAAUUAGCAAGUAUGGAAAUGAAUGCUGAAACAUCAAUGGAGGAAAAGCUCUCCAAGCUGAAAACUGCGAAAACUAGAUUAGACGAACUACAAAAAUUAGUAGGGACAAUUAAGUCCGCUGAAUCUGUGAAUGGUGGGGGCGACAGUCCAUCUAAAGAUAUACCCGACAAAAAUCAGCAGGUCAAAAUGGCAUUAGGUGAGUUGAAUGAAUUAAAAACUUUAAUAAACAUGAUGUCAUCAGAACCUGGAAAGUUUAACAGACCACCAGUGGUGACCCUUGAACCUGUUUUCCCAAACUCUAUUGGUGCUGAAGAUGAGAUUGAGCAACAAGAAGAUGAAAAUUAUCAAUCUGUGUUGCCAGAAGUGAGUGUUAUCCAAUAUGCUGAUGAGCAGGAAGAGAGUCCGGCUAAGGGAUGUUCUAAAAGACGCUCUUCAAACAGAAAGAAGACUGCGAAUGCCAGUCCUAAUCCAGCACGAUACCCCAGUCCUUGCCAGAGUCAAAUGGAAAGUGCAAGGAAAAGCCCGUACAGAAUCCAGAAUAGUGGUGCUAGAAAAAAAAUGAAAAGCGUACAAGCAAAAAGUCCUCAGAAGGAUGAGGGUCAAGAAUCUUCAGAACGAUUGUGGGGGGAAAUGAGAAGACAUCAACUUCUGUUAGAGGAGUUAAGAGAGAGGAGAAGAGAGCUAGAAGAAUUGAUGAAUAUGACAAAUGAAAUGAAAGAGGAUGAUGAUGAUGAUGAUGAAGAAGAAGAAAAUGGAGAGGAAUACAAUGAUACUAAUGCGAGUAUAAGAUCAAAUCUUGGAUCUCCAGAUGAAAGUCGUGGAGUUUCAGAUUCUGAACCCAAUAAUCUAGAAACAAGCCAAAGUGAUAGACUUUUUGGUUUAAGCGAACCGGAUACAAGACGUCUAAUUGAUUUAAUCAGAAAUCAGAAAAGUUUGGGUGCGACAACAGAGAAAACUACUGCCACUUGGGGGAGUUCUAGCUCCGGGAGCAGCAACGAAAGCUCAGAUGAUGAAAAUGUGGAUGACAGCAGACUUGCUGAAAACAAUAACACACAAUUCCGAAAUGCUUUUGAGCUGCGACAGAGAGGAAAUGCGCUUUCUAAACCAACAAAUCAAAAUCAGAACAAUUCUAUGGUUCCUGCUACAUUUAGAGAUGCAUUUACCCAACUUGACUACAAAAAAGAACAUGAAAUUGAUUUUAGGCCACCCACACGAAGACGACGUAACAUUACACAGCAGCCUAUAACCCCAGCAAUGGAUUCCACUUCAUUGAAAGGGGAUAUUGGAAAACUACAAGAAGAUUUAUUAAGCUCAAAUGCAACAAUGCAUUUGUUGCUUGAAGACCAAAAAUCUUUAUCACAGUUGCUCCUGAAUACACUAAAUCUUCAACAAACCUCUGUAUCUGGUAAUUUGUGUUAUGGAAUAUCGCCAGAUUUCUUGAUCUACCAACUUGACAACUGCUCAGCACAAUUUGCAUCUAUCUUGAAAGAAACCAAGGAGCUUUAUUGGCAGAUGUAUGGUCUAACAAAGAACCCAGAAAGCAGUGGAAAACCUACAGCAGCCCAAGCCACAAGAACGCCACUGGCAACUUUGGACUACGUUUCUGAACCAUUGACUUCACUUUAUCAAAAUCAGCAAGAUUCUUUCGCUCUGAAACCAACACAGGCUGAGGUACCAAGCAAAGAAACAAUGCUCGCAAAUGCACCUUUCAUGGGUGAUGGUGGUGGCUUUCAAUUCAGUGAAACACAAAUGUAUGCUUCUGUGCAGCAAGAACAAAGUGAAGCCAGUGUUGAUGCCGACAACGAUUUAUUUGAAGCAUUGAGAGAUAGCAUCUAUUCUGAAGCGGCAAUUUUAAUUUCACAGAAUGAAGCACGUCCUCAUUUUUUGAUUGAGUUAUUUCAUAGCCUCCAGCAGCUUGACACGGACUAUCUUCGGCAACAUGCUUUAUAUGUAUUACAGGAUGUAAUGAAAGGUUAUAUUCCAUCUAGUCCAAGAAAAAAUGACAAAGCCAAACAUUCACCCACUAGUUUUAAAAGCAAAAAGAGGAACCCUAAAAAGGGGUCAUUUUCGGAGAAUACCCCUAGUGAAAGUGCCGCUACCAGUGAAGAUGAGUUGUACGCUAAAUUGAAAGCAAGAGCAUCAGCUGACACUGGUUAUGACUUGUCUCUCAAAGUUUCAAGUGCAAGUGAGUUGUCCACACCUUCAGGUGAAGGUAACGAAACAAAUCCAUUUGCUGCUGAUGAUUUAGGAAGUACAGUGAUUCAUCUCGAUGCCGCUUUGAGACAUAUGAGGGAGAUGGAACGUAUGAAGCAAGAAAUUCUGAGCUCUGCUAAUAUUGGUAAAAGAGUUUUAGCUGAGCAGGGUCCAAUUGGUGCAAUAAAAAAGCCAGAUAAAAAUGAAGUCCCACAUCUCAAUACUAAACUACUUAGAGCUCGAAUCAAGCAUAUUGUAUCUGAAGUAAUUCCACUUCUCAAAGCGAAUCAUGAUAAAACAUUGGACAAAAAAUUGGUGAAUGUGUUGCAAAGUAAAAUUGUACAAUGUGUUGGAAAAGGGAUGGAUGAAAAUCGUGGGUUGGCAAACGGGUUUCCGGAAAAUGGUGAGGGAGAUGACGUGGAUAAAGUAAGCAUGGAGAGUUUCUUCUCCGGUCAACUUAACUCAAUUCUGGAUGAUUCUUUCAAGAAAUUUCUAGGACAAAGGAUUGGCUCAUGUGGUGAAGAUUUAGUUGUGGGCCUUUCAGAAGUUCUUUUUAAUGAAUUGGCAUUCUUUUACAUGAUGCAGGAUUUGGAUAAAAGUAAACAAGAUGUGGCAAAACUAUCUGGAGUGCCAACAAUAAAAAUUGAUCAAGAUGGGGAUGGACAGGUUGAAGAUGAGGAAGAAGAAUCUAACAGCCAGGAGGAAGCUGUAAAUGAUGAUGAAGACCAAAACGGGGAGGAUUCAGAAGUCAGCAAUGGUGUUGACGUUCCAGAUUCUGAAUUGCAAGAUAAAUCAAACAUGAAGGAUUCUUCAACGAAAAGUCCGGUUACAGUUGACCUGUCUGUUAGUGAAACAAAACCGUUAACAAGCUAUGGAUCUGGUGAGGAUGAAGAAGAGGAAGGUUCAGGAGAAGAAUAUGAAUACCAAGAACAAGAUGUUCCAACUUCAAUGCAACAUGAUGCUGAUGAUGUAGCACCAAAGAAUGAUGGUGGAAUCUCUGUCAAAAACAUACAGGAGGAGCAAAACAUUGAAAAUGAUAACAAAGAAAAUCAACCUGAUUCUGAUGAAUCUGACAACAAAACAGAAUAGUGUCUCCUGUAUACAUACCUUCAACAAACAUGUUCCAUGCCUGCCUUGGGCUAAUAAGCCAUUGGUAGAUCUGUUGAGACUUGCUUAAUUCUAAAUGAAAAAUUUGCUGUGCACAAGAUUCUAUCAAUUCAUCUAGAUGAAUUUUUCUUCAAUAAUUGAAAUUAAGUUCGAAGUAAAUUGUUUAUGAUUUUCUUUCAAAAUAAUACAAUUAUUUUCGCACUGCUUCGCGAAUUGGAACUGAAGAAAUAUUGAAACAUACUAAUCGAUUUUGUUUUGUAAUUAUUAUUCGUACAAAAGUUGUCCAGGAGCCACUUUGCUUACAAUCUUGGCCCACAGUCAUGUGUAGUUAUUAGUUAUCCUGUAAUAAUAUCUUGCGUUCUUUUUCUAUUUGAUCUAGGCAUUUUAUGAAUUGUGUGGUUAAUAUAAUGUACAGCUUAUUUUUUAAUUUUAGUGUUCUGGAUUGCUACCAAAUGUGCCUCACUUGUUAUGACUAACCUAUUUCAUCGUCAGAAAAAUGUUUUUGAAUCCCUUUUCUGUCAGCAUUUUUCCCGAUCAGACGUAUAUUAUCAGUACCUUCGCACUGGAGCGAGCAGCGACCAAACAUACCGUACCUAAUUUCGUUCAAGGCUGGAAAACUAAAACACUGUUUUUUUACUUAAAACUUAUCAUUGUGAACGAAAUUCGUAAGAUUUUAUAUUUAAAGGUGCUAAUCGUAAUCUCAAAUGUUUCGUUUGACAGUUACAGCCCUGCUUUGUGUUUUCGUUUGUACUGGUAAUUCAUUGUAGAACAUUGUCAAUCAUAUUGUUAAAACAUUUUUAGGCAUUGGAAGUAGGGAACAAAAUUUACCAUUCAAAUAAGUAUUUGUAUUUUAGGAAUUCAAGUAAUGAAAAUGUUUUGUUAUUUUUGUACCAUUCAUCAGAUUACACAGAAUAUUUUAAACAUUUAAAAUGAGUUUGUUGACAUAUUGAUCUGUCAAGAUUAUUCAGACGUGAGUUGUUACAAGUUCACACGAUAUGCUAUUCAACUGAAUAAUAUGACAGAUGAUAUCAUUCUACAGCUUCCAGCAUAAUGGCUCUCCCUAGUUCAAUAUGCUGCCUAUGUUUGGUCAAUAUUUUAUUUGCAUUUUGUUAUCAUUUGUUGCUUUGUUCUAUAUUUAACACUGUAGUCGUAUAUUUUUUACUUUCACCACUGACUCAUUCCAGCUUUGGAUAAAAAUGUUUCGAUGUACGAAAAAAAAUGGGUGAACCUGAUGAUUAGAUAUUUGCAUCAUGCGGUAUACAAAAUGUUUUAUUCAGAAUCCCAACCGUGUUGAUAUUUAUCAGACAUAAAAAUGAUGUCUAAUUUUGAUACAUGCAAUGCUUAUGUACUAAAUGAAUUCAGAUUCUGUAAAACUAAAUUAUAAUUGGCGCAACUUAUAGUACAUACUAAUUACAGACAUUUUACAUAAUUAGUAAAUGUUAAACACUGUCUAAUACAAAAGCUUGUUCAUAUUUGAUUGGUAUGCCAAAAUUAAGUUUUUACAGUUAAUUUGGAUCGAACAACCUAAAUUGGUUUAUUUACAUCAAAAUCCUGUCGUGUGACAAAUGUCAAAAAAAUAUUUAUUCUAAUUUUAUGAAUACUUAAAAAAAAUUGUAUUUUGUUCGGACCGAUUUUUUUGAACAGCGUUAGUUGUGUUGGUAAUCCUUAUAGAGUAUUAGUGUAUGUUUCGCACGGUAUUGUGAUCUACCUAAUAAACCAUCUUUCGAGCUUCAGAUAGCUUGUACAUGCACAUUUCUUGACCAAUGGUGACAUAAGUCCUUUGUCGAACAUUGUAAUUUUCUUGUGUUUAUUUUUGUAUAUGCGUUAUUUGUUUUAUUUUUGUAGAAAUGUAGUGUUAUUAAAAGGCAUAUGCCAA